AUGAUGUUUGAUUCAUCCGACUUUCCGUAUAGAGAUCUUUCAGAAUUAAGAGAUAAUUACGAAGCUGAUGAUCUUUUUAAUAGUGAAAUACCAAAUAACUCAGUAACAAACUUCGGCGUUAGUACGAUUCCCGAAGUUACAAAUAUUGGCAGUCAAUUAUCGCUCCAUUCUAAUAAUUCCGGACGGUACUUUAACAUUGAGAAUGUACCUCCUGCAAGCAAUUCCGCAAAUAAUGAACCCACGAACACAGAACUUUAUGUAGUUCAACAAGACAUUUUUAAUUUUGAAUCGACUUUGUUAGAUGAUAAUAUUGUUAAUCAAUUUUUAUUACCUCUACAAAACGAUGCCGAAAAAAAUAAGGAUGUUGAGAUUGGACCCGACUUAUUGGCUCUCCAUUCGUGUGCUGUAUGCCAUGAAAUAUUCACAACAGAAGCUGAUCUACUUGAUCAUACUAUAUCUUUACACGCUUCAGAUAAUUACGUAGAAAGAAAUCAAAAUGUUCCCGAAGUUAAUAGCUUAAAGGAAUCAAUUGAAACGAAUAACGAUAAUCAAAGUUAUGAAGCCGAGUGGUUGGUAUGUGGUAUGUGCGAAAGAGUUUUGUCUACGGUUGUAGAAACAGAAAGCAACGACCAGUUGUGCUGCAUCGACGUCAGUGGGAGGCACAGCAUAUCUCGCCGGAGAUUGGGUGCUAUGUACGUUUGCGACUCCUGCAGCUACUUGUUCGCGGAUGGAGACGCUCUCGACCGACACCGACUCACAUGCUGCUUGCAAGAACGAGACAAUAUUAUUUCUCCUCUGCUGAAUACACACAUAUCUUCAGAUAUCUCAGAACUCUUUGAUUCUCGUGAGAACAACGCGGAUGCCAGUCUUUCUGCCGAAGACACAGAAAUGCAGACAAUCAUAUGCGAUAGACCUUUACAGACGCGACAGACACGUCGGUCGUAUUCAAACUCUAGCAGCAAUAAAAUGUGGAACUGUGGCUCUUGUAAUCAACUAUUUGCUACUGCAAGGGAACUAUACCGUCACAAACGAGGCGAGGACCGACCAGAGGGAGCGCCGCUGGUCGCCUACGUAUGCGAGGAGUGUGACAAGGUGCUCGGCAGCAUGUGCGCUCUGCACACACACAAGAAGAUGCACAGAGUCACCAAACCAGGGUACCCGUGUCGCGUCUGCGGACGCCGCUUCAACCAGUCUGGACACCUCGCCAUACAUAUGAGAAUGCACACCGGAGAGCGGCCCUAUCCAUGUGAUCUCUGCCCGAAAGCGUUCAAAGUUAAGGUGGAGCGCGACGACCACCGGCGCACGCACACCGGGGAGCGGCCCUUUGCCUGCUCGAGCUGCCCCAAGACGUUCACGGCGGCCGCGCGCCUGCGUGAACAUGCACGUAUACACACCGACCAAAGACCGUACCGGUGUGAGAUCUGUGGUGCGGCGUUCCGGCGUCCGUACGCUCGCACCGUGCACACGCUCAUACACAGCGGGGAGAAGCCACACAAGUGCGACGUUUGCGGCACCGCCUUCAGGCAAGACUACACCCUGUUUCCACUGAGCGACCAGCUCUGCGGCUACUGUAUAUAG